GCGGGUGCUCGCACCUGUUUAUACCUGAGGAGAGAAAAUGUCCGCUUUCGAUAAUAAUCCAUUUGCGGACCCAGUUGAUGUCAAUCCAUUUCAGGAUCCCUCAGUGACUCAGGUGACCGGCACGGACACCAUAGAGGAGUACAAUCCGUUCUCAGCCAGAACCUUGGAUAAUCUUAAUGGAGUUACCAUACCCAUCUCAGCCUCCACUCAACCUGCUGUGUUGCACCCUACAGUGGUACCCAGUCCUCAGGCUACGGCUGCAGCUGCACAGGCUGAGCUUCUGAAGCAGCAGGCAGAGUUGGAGAGGAAAGCAGCCGAACUGGAACGCAAAGAACAGGAACUCCAGAACAGAGAUAGAGACACGACAGGCAGGGGAAAAGAAAACAACUGGCCUCCUCUGCCAAGGUUUUUCCCAAUAAAGCCUUGCUUCUACCAGGAUUUUAAUGAAGAAAUCCCUCCUGAAUUCCAACGAGUGUGCAAGAUGCUGUACUACCUCUGGAUGUAUCACUGUGUGACACUCUUCCUGAACCUGCUGGCAUGUCUGGUUUAUUUUACUGCCAACACUGCGGGUGGCGUUGACUUCGGCCUCUCCAUCCUUUGGUUUAUUCUUUUCACUCCUGGUGCUUUCAUCUGUUGGUACCGACCAGUAUACAAGGCCUUCAGAUCAGACAGCUCCUUCAGUUUCUUUUUUUAUUUCUUUAUUUUUGCCUUCCAAGUAAUAGUGUACAUCAUUCAGUCUGUAGGCAUCCCGCGCUGGGGAAACAGUGGUUGGAUCAUCUCCAUCUCUAUGAUCAGAACCAAUCUUGCAGUUGCCGUCUUCAUGCUGGUUGUGGCUGGUUUCUUUACUGUGAAUGCAGUACUGGCUGUUAUGCUGCUGAAAAUGGUUCACUCUAAGUACAGGAGAACAGAGGCGAGUUUUGAGAAGGCACAACAGGAGUUUUCUCUGGGUGUUAUUAGCAACAGAACCUUUCAAACUGCUGCCACUACUGCUGCCUCCUCCGCCUUCCAGUAACCCUUUAUCAUUCAUCUGCCCUUAUUUUGAACUGAUCUAGUUACUAAAGGAACAUUAUAAGCUUAUUUUUCAGGUCAGCAGAGGUGAGUUGAAUAGCAGAAUUUUGUUUUUCCAUUUUUACCAUUCGCGGGUCCAGUUCCACCAGGAAACACUGAGCAAUGGAAUCUCACAUUACUUCCACUUUACAAGCCCAUGGUAUCAAAUAAAGUAACAUUUAGAAUUCAGCUUUAGAAAAAUAACAAUGCACAGAGGGGACGAAUCUGUAUUUAAAAUAAAAACCUUUAACAAAAUGUGCCACCUCAUCUCUGAUGGCUGCUGGAGGCAAACCCUAAGAUCAGAUUGUGAUUUUGAUUUAUAAUAAUGCACAUAAAAUUACAAGCUGUUCUCCAUUUUUAGCUCUUGAAAUAAAUUUGUUCCCUUAAAAUUUGCAGGCUGCUGAUAAAACCCACUGUUUCUGUUAGUGUGGAUCAGAAUGUUUUUGCACAGUUUUGCUGAGUGGGAUGGUUUGAUUUUAGAAACAGACAUUAUUUAACUUAAAUAAACUUGCCAAUAGUGAAGAUUAGCAAAAUAUACCCAUUGUAAUACAUUUUAAAUAUAUUUAAGUUGUGUGUGUAUACGUGUGUGUGUAUGUAGAUGUUAAUGGAAAUGUUUAGAAAUCUGUUUUGUGGAUGUAUGGUGAAGGUAAAUGGUGAUAAAAACAGGUCAUGCUCUGUCGAUUUUAUGCAAUAUACUUUAGCAUGUCAGGGUAUUGUGCUGAAGUUUGUGCUGUGUUAGUUCUACAGUGCUUUUAUCACAGUGUGUAUUUAAGACGUCUGAUUUCUUUGUUAUAUUGUUACUGAUUGCUGUGGAACUUCAUUUUAGAACUAAAUACGAACUUGUUUAUGUUAGAGAUAUUACAUUCUUGCACAUUUAUUAAUUUAAAUCUCUUUUCAGUGUUCCCAAACAAUUACAUAUGAACAAAGUCGUCUAUAUGGAACUUAAUACUGUUUAUUGAUUUUAAUGUGGAAUGGGGAAUGUCAUGUUACAGAUGUGUUAUUUAAUGUUCUACCAAACCCAUGCUGACUGUUUAAAGUUCUCUUCAUGUACUUAAAGAUUUAUAUCUAACAGUACAUUAAUCAGAUGGAAAAUAAAACUGGUUGGGUGUUUUCUAUUAUUAUUAA